AUGCAAGGCUAUCUCCAGCCUCCCACUUCGCCAUUAGCAUCAGUUUCUUCAAAUUCUGGCUUGUUGCUUGCACCGGUGGCAAAUAUUCCAGCCUCUUUACCUGCAGCUACACCUGCCAGGUGGUCUGCCGCAUCCCUCCCUCCAUGGAAUCCUCCAGGACCUCCGAUCUCUGGAACAACCAACGACCGUCGCUUGUCACACCAUGGGCAAGGUGUUUCCUGGUCACCGCUUUCAGUAAUUCCAACCAUCCAAAGACGCCAGGCAGAAAGGUCGGCUAAUGCUGUGGCUUCCUCGUCAAGACAUCCUACCAGUCGAAACUCGAGGUCAACAAGUGUGACCCAAUGCCGGCGUGAAACCACGAAGUACCUUGUAGUACUACAUCCUGAGCCUAUGCAUGGGACGGUGCACACAGAAUAUGAACAUAUGUUCCGAGAAAUUCGUGCACCUAUACCACAAAAGAUUGCGAGUUUCAUUCUGCAGGCCCGCAACUUUGGUCUUGUCUUUGAGAUCGAAGACAGUUUUCAAAAAGACGAUCCUGCUGGUCCUGUAUUCCAUCAAUCCCUGUGCUCUCAUUUUGAGAGGGUUGGCCUUGCAUUUUCUGGAUCUGAUUCACAUCCACUUCCGUCAUCGAGCAGCCUACCAACUCCAAUGACUCAAUUCCCAUGGUCUUUCCUGUUGACGGGUAAAGGACAGCGUUCUACACGUGGUGCCAAACUUCUACCUGCAAGAUCAUCACCGGAACAUCUGACCCACAAUGAUAUCCAAAAGAAUGGGUCCAGACUCCCUGUCCCAUCUGCACCGUACCAUGAUCAUACCCUUGUAUUCAUUCUCCCUCUGUGGGAUAUAAUUGCAGGACCAAUUGAUGGUCACGGCAUGCAUUGUUGCCUUGCUCCGCGACUUUGGAAUGGUCAUUUUGAGUCGUCACUUCGUGAAGAACUUGAGGAGAUUCAGUGCUUGACUAUAUGUAUUACUCAGCCAGUUCAAGCAGCUGCUGCCAUUCAAACAUGCCAGCUGAAUCUUUUAGACGCACUCACCAACAGCAGAAUAAGCAGUACUCCUACUGCUCUGGCAUCUACAUCCCAGCCACGACGUCCUAGUGUUACCUUGUCUGGAUCUUCUCUAUCAGCUUCUACGUCUUCUGUGUCUUCUACAUCAUCUGCAUCAUCCUCUUCUGAGUCGUCUUCAUCUCCAUUUGCUCCCACACCCUCUGCUGUAUCUGUAUCAUCUUCGCCUCUGUUUUCUUCUGCAUCUCUGCUUACCUCUGAAACUACUCCUCACUCUCCACACGUGGCAUUGCGUCAAUGGCGCAACAGACUCGAACAUGACCUUCAGUUGCGUAGAGCUGUUGCUGGACAGGAAGACCAUGUCAUUCAUAUUACCGCCCCCAAUGCUCAGAAGGCUGCCGAAAGCUUCCUGGCGCUAUGUAAGGUUUGUGGUUACGGUGUAGGAGAUGGUCCCAUGCGAAGCUUUUGGGGCGCCUUAAUUGCUAUGAUCACCCAACAUUCUGGCCAUUGGCAGCUGAUGUCCGAAGGAUACUACAUGCCCACAGUCACAUCUCUUCCUCCUUGUGACGAAGAUACCAUAUCUUUUCGUGCCUAUAGUCUCAUUAUCCGUACUGGUUUUAUCCUUGGUAUGGAGCUGCUUCCCAUCUCACCACAUUUGCUCGUCUACCUACUGGAUGGUUACAAAGUUUCAAUUGCGCAACCAUUCUUAGACACUACGUCACCUAUGACAAGUCAACGCCUGCGCUCAUGGCCACCACCCUCUGUCAUCAGUCCUUCAGGUCGCAGAGAACUCAGUAUUGCACCUGCCUGUGAUCCGUACUCACUGAUCUUAGAGGUGGAUGGUACAAUACAGAUAAAUCAACUGCGCUAUCUCUCUGAAGCAGCACAGACGAACCUGGGGCAGCGGCUGAUUUGUCAUAUGGUCUUUGGUAAUGAGACACCUCUCGCACACAGACUACACACAGUCUAUAGUGCUCUAAAGUCUGCAUUCCAAUAUGUCAUACAUGAUGAUAUGAAAUUCUGUGAUUACUUUCAUGUAGACAGCUCUGCACAGCCCAUCCUGCAAGAAAUGUUUGCUGGUCGCAUUCUGACCUCUCCUCAGCAAGUCAUCGAUAUCAUUUGCCCUGAGCCAAUUACUUCGUAUUCCCUCCCUCUACGACAGGGAUACAAUCCUAAUCUGGACUAUGUCACAUUGGCAGGACAGUUUAUGGUGCACUUGAAGCGCUACUUGCGUGGUCGAGGAACCCCUCAUGCUGCUGAUGGCAGCGUGCUCUUUGAGGAGGAUUCUAGCAGCGACGAUGUCGUGUAUAGGUCACGCUUGUUUUUGCGCAGUGCCACUGCACACGAAGUCUUACCAGUUGAUGCAACACAACGCAUCAAAAUCAAAUUUGACAUGUAUUGGGAACACAGCUGGGGAAGAACUGUCGGCAUUCAUACCCAUACGUGCUUCUACAAGUUAGAUGUACUGUUGGAUGAAGCCACCGCCAGUAUCAUCAGCCAAGCAAUCCCUGAAGACGACUUCCAGACAACUGAUUUUGACCGGUGGAUCCACUCUAACAUCAGUGAAAAUUCGUCCAAUUCUUAUAACCAAGUAUAG